UCUAAAAUUAAGAGAUUUAUGGAAGAAGAAACAAAAAUUAGGUCUUUUAAUAUGUUAAGAUACCCGACAACUGUAUGACAUCUAAUCUGAUAUGGCUAAUCUGCCAAAACGGCAAAUAUUAUUUAUUACCAAAAAUAUUAAGACUGACGAUGAUCUUCAUCAUCAAUUGGAUAAUAAUCUCUAAAACAUUACCUUUAUUGAAUAUAUAUAGAGAGACUUAAAAUUUCGAAUAUACCUUUUUUUUUUUUAACAAAAUAUUUAGGAGGGCAAGUGAACAAUGAUGCAGUUUUCAUUUCAUAGAGUGAGGAAAGUAAGGUCUUUGACUCCUGGGAUUUUUGCUCUCGCUAAUCAUCACUUCUCAGUUGCUACUGAAUCCUCAUGGAAGCAUCGAACUUCCCUAAGAGUUCCAAAUUUAAUUGGUGGCAGCUUUGUAGAUUCACAAUCAUCAGAAUUCGUUGAUGUUAUAAACCCAGCAACCCAAGAGGUGGUUUCUCAGAUACCUUUAACCACGGAUAAAGAAUUCAAAUCUGCGGUUUCUGCAGCCAAGGAGGCUUUUCCGUCAUGGAAAAACACACCCAUAACCACAAGACAACGGGUCAUGCUCAAAUUCCAAGAGCUUAUUAGGAAGAACAUGGAUAAGCUUGCCUUCAAUGUGACUACAGAGCAGGGAAAAACACUGAAAGAUGCACAAGGGGAUGUGUUCCGCGGUCUUGAGGUGGUGGAGCAUGCAUGUGGAAUGGCAACUUUGCAGAUGGGUGAGUAUGUGUCUAAUGUAUCAAAUGGAAUUGAUACCUAUAGCCUAAGGGAACCUCUGGGUGUUUGUGCCGGGAUUUGUCCAUUCAACUUCCCUGCAAUGAUUCCCUUGUGGAUGUUUCCUGUUGCAGCUACUUGUGGCAACACCUUCAUUCUUAAGCCUUCAGAGAAGGACCCAGGGGCUUCCAUGAUGUUGGCAGAGUUGGCAAUGGAGGCUGGUUUGCCUGAUGGUGUUCUAAAUAUUGUUCAUGGAACCCAUGACGUUGUUAAUGCUAUAUGUGAUGAUGACGAUAUCAGAGCCAUAUCAUUUGUUGGCUCAAAUACAGCUGGUAUGCAUAUAUAUUCUAGAGCAUCAGCUAAAGGAAAACGUGUUCAGUCCAAUAUGGGAGCCAAAAACCACGGUGUUGUUAUGCCUGAUGCAAACAUAGAUUCUACAAUAAAUGCUUUAGUGGCGGCUGGUUUCGGUGCAGCAGGGCAAAGAUGCAUGGCAUUGAGCACAGUGGUUUUUGUUGGGGACUCAAAACCUUGGGAAGAAAAACUGUUGGAACGUGCAAAAACUCUGAAGGUCAGUGCUGGAACAGAACCUGAUGCAGAUCUUGGUCCAGUAAUUAGCAAGCAGGCAAAAGAACGAGUAUGUCGAUUGGUUCAAAGCGGCGUUGAUAGUGGAGCCAAAUUAUUGCUUGACGGAAGAGAUAUUGUGGUCCCAGGAUAUGAAAAAGGCAAUUUUGUUGGUCCCACAAUCCUGUCUGGUGUCACUCCCGAUAUGGAAUGUUACAAGGAGGAGAUCUUUGGCCCAGUUCUUCUUUGCAUGCAGGCCAACAGCUUGGACGAGGCCAUUAACAUUGUUAACCAGAAUAAGUAUGGUAAUGGUGCUGCUAUCUUUACCACAUCUGGUGUAGCAGCGAGGAAGUUCCAAACAGAGAUAGAGUCAGGCCAGAUUGGAAUCAAUGUUCCUAUUCCAGUUCCGUUGCCAUUCUUCUCCUUUACUGGAUCCAAGGCGUCCUUCGCUGGAGACCUCAAUUUCUAUGGCAAGGCUGGAGUUCAGUUUUACACCCAAAUCAAGACAGUAACACAGCAAUGGAAGGAUUUGUCAGGUGGUUCUGGUGUCUCACUAGCAAUGCCAACUUCUCAGAAGUAAUAAAAUGUGUCUUGAAGAACUUCAGAAUACCCUCUUAAAAGUGCAAUAAAAGAACAUUUCAAUAAAUUGCCCGUUU